AGGAAAUGUCUAUAAAAGCAGGCCUGUUCUACAUACUUCCUGACCUUAUUUGUUUUGCUAGAACCUGUUUUCUCGUKUUGGUGUCUUGAGUGUGCAGAUCUACGAUGUCUGGUCGUGGCAAGCAGGGCGGCAAGGCGCGUGCCAAAGCGAAAUCUCGRUCUUCUCGUGCUGGGCUGCAGUUCCCUGUUGGCAGAGUCCACCGUCUGCUGCGCAAGGGCAACUAUGCUGAACGYGUCGGGGCCGGCGCGCCCGUCUACCUGGCGGCGGUGCUCGAGUACCUGACGGCCGAGAUUUUGGAGCUGGCGGGCAAUGCGGCCCGCGACAACAAGAAGACGCGUAUUAUCCCGCGUCACCUGCAGCUGGCCAUCCGCAACGACGAGGAGCUCAACAAGCUGCUGGGCCGAGUGACCAUCGCGCAGGGUGGCGUCCUGCCCAACAUCCAGGCCGUGCUGCUGCCCAAGAAGACCGAGAGCCACCACAAGGCCAAGGGAAAGUGAUCUGACAUCUGAGCUUCCGGAAACACAAUCAAACCCAAAGGCUCUUUUCAGAGC